AUGCCAAAUAUAAAGAAGGUCCCUCGCAAGCCUCAUCCUAUCGGCCAAGAAUUCAAAACGCUGGCUGAUUGCCAUACGAGCUGCAUCCUCAGAAUGGACACAGUCAGCGACCCAGUAUCUGAGUUUGGCAAUGAGCCUGGCAUGAAGAAGUUGACCGCCACCGUUAAGCGUUUGGUGCAACCCUGGUUUGGUAGUGGAAGAACGGUAAUUGCUGACUUUUGGUUUGGGUCUCCAGAUAUGGUCAAAAUGCUUUUCAAACUUGGCUUGUUCUUUAUCAUGCAAGUGUGCAAGCGCCGCUACUGGCCUCGUGGAAUGCCUCAAACAGACAUUGUGGAAAAGGUUGAAGAAGCCUAUGGUAGCUGCUACACCAUGAGCAAAUGUCUAGGUAAUGGCAGUAGUCUAUUCACUUGUGACUAUCGCGAUCAAAAAGUCAAAGCCUUUGUCUCAUCAUGUAGCACAACAAUACUUACUGGCAAGAAGGUGCUCGAAGGAACUCACGUUAGAAUAAUUACUAUUCAAAGGCCCGAGGUUGCAGAGGAAUACGAGACACACAAAAGUAAGUAG